UGAGAGGCUGAAGUGAACCACUGAGGGGGGUGAGAUGGGGGGCUCUAACAUUAUCCAAAGGAACUGGAUAUGGUACACACGUGGCAGCAUCCCACUGGCCGGGGGAAACACGAAUUGACACAGGUUGAUCAUAGUCCAGAAAAAUGAUAUCCUCCUUAAUUGAAAAUCUCUCAAAUUCUCUCACUUCUUUCAAGCUUUUACUUCCCUUUUUUUUUCUCUGAUCCUUUCAUAAAAGUACUCUCAAUCCAUUUCUGUGUGAGAGAAUGGCAAGCUGCAGUAUGACAUCCGCUGCCUCCGGGCUUCUGCUAACCCCUUGCUUCAUGACUUCUACAGCAAUCUCCUCCAGGGCUAAUGUGCUGCAAGCAGCCUCUAACAAGAGCAGCAACAAUGGGUCAAGGUUGGUUGUGCGCGCGGCUGAAACGGCGGAGCCACCAGCUCCUGCCGCCGUUAAGCCGCCUCCGAUUGGACCCAAGAGAGGCACCAAGGUGAAAAUUCUUAGGAAGGAGUCCUACUGGUUCAAGGGCGUCGGAUCAGUUGUAGCCGUUGAUCAGGACCCGAAUACUCGAUACCCGGUCGUGGUUCGGUUCAACAAAGUGAAUUAUGCUAAUGUAUCUACGAACAACUACGCAUUGGAUGAGAUUCAAGAAGUUUAAUUGAAUGAGUUUGCAUUUAUUAUUUGUGUUUGUAAUCCUAUAGUUUCUAUGUCAAUGCCACCAUGUUGCAAGCUUGUCCACGAAUGUGUAUCAUAUUCCUCCCCCGUCAUAUUUUGUAGCGUUUUGUUUGAUCAGUAUUGCAAA